AUGUCGCAAAAACCGCGAAAGCUUCAGCGCGUCUCUAAGGCCUGCGACUUUUGUAACAGACGCAGCAUCAAAUGCAGCCGGAGCGAUGACCCGCUAGGCCGCUGUCAAAAUUGUGCGGAUUUCGAUGUGCCGUGCACCUUUGAUCGCCCCGGGAAACGCGGGGGCGUCAAGCCUGGCACUCGGGCGAGUGGUCGCGAUGCUCAGUUUGUGAGGGCAUCAGUCGAUCAUAGUAUUCCUACGGUGGCAGCGACUGUAAGCGGCGGAAGAGCCUCCUGCUCUUCGCCUUCUAGCAGUUCGUACCGUCCAUCGAUCUCCGAUGAUCCCUGGUCUACCUUUAAUCAUGGCUGGUCAGCCGAGGGUGAUGAUGACGGGCCGCUGCGCAAUUCUUGGAAAGCAUUUGCCAUUGCUUGUGACCGGCAAGUAAGAAAUUUAGUCCAGGUUUAUUUCGAGAUCGUCUAUCCAAUAUUUCCCUUGUUUCACAUGCCGUCGUUCAUAGAGCAGGUCAACAGCAAGAAGCAUCUCCAAAAUCAAGGGCUCUUUGCCUCCACGAUGGCUGUUUGCUCUUUGGUCUCCGCCCGCGUGCGUGACGGUGCAUUGUUCUCUAAUCGGUGGGUCCGAGAAGAGCUCAUAGAUCCACCCUCCGAGGCUUUCUUUGCAGCUGCUAGGGACUGUAUUCCUCAGGACCUUGUCGCAUCCAAAGGUAUUCAAUAUAUGCGGGCGUGUGCCAUACUUGCUAUCGCCAGUAUUCAAAACGGCCAGAUCAAAAACAUGCAGAAGUAUUCCGGCUUAUACCACACCUUGACUUCGAUGGAUGGCCUUUAUGACGAAAAGCUCUGGCCAAAAGACUUAAGUCCGAUUGAGACGGAGGAGCGGCGGCGACUUUUCUGGUCGAUCUAUACGCUAGACAUAUAUUCGACCAUUGUGUGGGGUGGCGUUAUUCGAUAUCGUGAAGCCCAUUCCUUGGUGCACUAUCCAAGCGAAGUAGACGACGAAUUUAUCACACAACAUGGCUAUGGCGUGCCGCGUGUAUCCCCGGAAUCGAGUUUGCUUCCGCCUAGCAACGUGACCGUCGUCUCCCGCCAGCCUGUGACCUGGCUGCGUGGUUGGAACUUCACCACAGACCUCUACCGCAUUCUUGAGCAUGUGGUCGAUGGCAAUAGACGCCGCUUCUCUUCGGCUAAUGGGACGACACAAGUGUGGUCACUAUUUGAUCCAUUACCUAUGUCAGAGCCGGCGGUCAUGGAUCAAGUCCUUACUAUGUACUCAGCACUUCCAUCGCAGUUUCGGGAGACGCCGCCCACUACAGGAGACAUGUCUAAGGACUUAUUCGGGUUCCAGUCUGCCAACAUUCAGGCGACGCUACAACUCCUUCGGAUGGUGCUCUUGUCUACGGAGGAAAUUGGGGUGGAGCGAAAAUGCGACGUAGCGGGAGAACUGCUCAGCGUGUUUUCGAAUGUACCCAUCGAGUACUUGAAAGCGAUCAGCUCCCCUUUGCUCCAUCACCUUGGCGGAAUUGGCUAUAUCCUCGGCUCUGUAAUGGAAGGGAAUUUGUCUGAAGCAUCCUACACACGAGUUCGCACAUUACUGCUUCAAAUGGCAGAUCUCUUACAACGUCUCGAAACGGGACUACAUCGUGCCUCCGGUGCCGGCGAACGACUGCGGUCCCAGGUUGAUCGAAUAGACGGCUACAUGCGUACCUCCCGUCUGCUAGAUCUUACUGCACCGAGUGACGCGAUGCAAGCCAUCGACGCAGAUCCAGAAUCGGACGUCCCGUCAGCGUAUGCACAAGGCACCACCGCCGUCGGAGCCUCGCCUGGUGCUGGCCUCGACCAGAUCUCCGAGUUUCAGCUGCCGCCAGAUCUGCUCUCAGAUUGGCCAUGGCCGUUGGAUUCUUACAAUACCGAGGGAUUUCUGCCUCUGGCAUUCGAAUAG